AUGUCUUUCACAAACGAUCUGUCCUUUCAUGGCAAGGUUGCCAUCGUCACCGGCUCGGGAAGACCUAGCGGCAUCGGCGCCGCGAUAGCCGCGGCGCUCACUGUUCGAGGCGCCUGCGUCACCAUCGACUACGUUUACGACGCGAGCGCGCCUAGAGCAGCCGAGGUUGUGGAGAGUAUCAGGGCCAAAGGCGGAAAGGCCACCGUCGUCCGCGGAGAUAUCGAUAUUCUCGUCAAUAAUGCCGGAAUCGCCCCGAUGACCCCGACAGUCGAAGUCACUCCUGAAGAAAUGGCAUCAGUGUUCCGCACCAAUAUCCAGGGGCCAUUAUUCCUCAUCCAAGCUGCUCUCCCGUACAUUCCUCGCGGCGGAUGUAUCAUCAACAUUAGCACAUGUCUAUCCAGGAUGGGCCUGCAUUCUCCCGUCUACACCACAUCGAAACCGGCGCUCGACUCGCUGACUCAUACCUGGGCUUUGGAGUUCGGCAGAAAGUUCUGUAUCACGGUUAAUGCGAUCGCGCCUGGAAUUACGAAGACCGAGAUAUCGCCCCCAAAUGAUCACCCCGAGGUAAGGAGGUUGUUGGACAUGACGAGGCUGGAAGGGAGGAUGGGGACUAUUGAAGAGAUUGCGGAUGCUGUCGUUCUCGUUGCCUCGCCCCUGAGCGGUUGGAUCACCGGACAGUAUAUCAGCGUCAGCGGUGGAGUUAACUGGAUUUGA